AAAUUUUCCGCCUUCGAGGCAAAGCAUCCAGCCCUGUUAAUGCGUUUUAGCUGUAACUGGUCACACUGCUGCGCACGCGUUACCGACUGUUAGAGAUGAGAGUGUAUACUGAUUUAAUACAACCUUUACGUGCGUGAUUUUAAUGGCAAUCGUUUACAUAUUUUAAACUAAUAUUUUAAGAAAAUAAUAAAGAAAAUGUAACUUUUUUGUAUGUACACAUAGGUAUUAUAUUGAAUAUAUUACCAAAUAACGUCACAUGUGUACACCCUGCAUAUGCAUUACCACCUCGUGAGGCGUGAGAGUAGUCGCUCACGCUGGCAUCGCUAUCACUAGAGAUUUUUCGAGACGUAAUAUACCCUACGACAGCACACUAAAAUAUUUGACAAUUUAACAAAGGCGAUCACCCUUGAACAAGUGGGAUAAAUGCACCAGCAAAGGCAGCGCUUUAAAUAUGAAUCGAAAGGGAACGCGAGAUCAAAAUGAUAUAUCGCUGAUCAUUGGGACGCUACCGAAACGGCUGCAGAACAAAAUAGCAGCCAGCUGCUGCAGCCACGCACCAACGGCGGAAAACGUUGAGAAUGCGGAGCCGUCGCCGUCGCCAAGGCCAGUCGCCGUCCUGAGCGGUGCAACUGCUGUGAAACCGAAGGCACCCGUUUUGGUUACCAACGGAGCCGUGGGCGCAAGUGCGAGGCAGCUACGCGAUGGCGGGAUUCCGGGCAUCCUGCGGGUGGCCACCUCUGUGGCCGACAACAAUGGAAAUGGUAGUGGUAAUGGUAAUGGGAGCGGUAGAGGCAAUGGGAAUGGCAAGACCCACAAUGGUCGGCGCAGGGGUUGGAAGCAUCAUGACAAGGACAAGGAGCAAGCUCCGCCGUCGCCAGUGACGCGCACCCGCUUAACCACCGAGCAUCCGGACUGGUUUGAGCCUCUCCUGAGCCUGCCUCAGGCCAAGAUUAUAGUCCAUUUGUAUGACCAACUGAUGGUGCUGCAGCAAAGAAACCUUAUACUGAUUAACUGGAAGAACUUCUGCGAUAUUCGCGACCAACUCCAGGACGCAUUCAAGGAGCUUGUUCUGGAUCAGCUGAAGUUUGUGUGCGAGCACAAGGUGGACGUCUUCUUCUGGAAGCUCCUAUUCUACAAUGUGCGCGAUUACCUAAAGCGCCAGCACUCUGACCAGGCGCACGACCAUACACUUCUGCUAAUUGAACAGUCCACCAGGUUCUACCGCAUGAUGUAUGAAAAGCUCAUGGCAAAGUGUGUGCCCUCUUCGCGCAGCGAGAGCGCCGUCAAGGUUGUGGCCCAGCGGCUACUCAUCUGCCUAGGCGAUCUGUCGCGUUACCGGGUGAACCAUGUACAGGCCACGGACUAUUUGGAGGCGGCCAGAUACUAUCUGAAGGCCCAGGAGCUAGUGCCCGGAAAUGGGGCACCGUACAACCAGCUGGCGGUUAUUUCCAUUUACCAUCACAAGCGCUUUGAUGCCGUUUACUACUAUGUGCGAAGUCUAUUGACUUCUAAUUCAAUUCAGACGGCCAAGGAGAGCCUGCUGGAUCUGUUUGACGAGAUUCGUCGCAAGUACGAGGAGAACGAGAUGAAGCAAUCUCCUAUGCACCAAGCGGCUGCACCGAAAAGCCAGAAAUCUAAGCAAAUGCGCAAAGAGGUGUGGAUUUAUCCGGAUGGCAUACGGUGUCUGCAUCGCACCGAUGUAAAAGGCAACAACAAUGGAAAGGGCAACAAGGCCACCUUAGCUGAAGUCAAUCGCUACGAUAAAAUGCAGCCGGAGGAGCUACUACCGCGCAUCGUGUCGCUUUAUUUGUACUUGAUAGGCAAGCUCUACACGGGCACAGAUGUGGACUCGUUGUACCAGCUGCUGCGAAAACUGCAGAUCCAGAUGGGGGCCGUGCUCAAGCACAACAACUUGUUGACACGCUCCAAGCUGCUGAAAAUCGUGGCACUCAAUAUGUUUGUCGUGGAGCACAACAAGCGAAAAUCUUCACGGCGCGAGAUGCGUUAUCACAGCUUCAAUUUCGCCAACUCAUUCUUUGGGCUCAUGCUGGAGAAGACAAACCAGUUGAUGGCCGGUUUUGUGGAGGACUUCACAAACAUCCAGUGCCUUCCCGAUGAAGAUUACGCCAACGUCAACACAUACUUACAGUUUGUGAAGGUAUAUGUGCACUGGCUUAGCAUUAAUGUGGACUUGUGGGAGCCUGUUCGGUCGGAGGAACACUACUUUAUCGAUUGUUGGUCUGAGCUCUCAACGCUCUUCGAGCAUAUUGACUGCGUUCUCGGCAAGCAGAAACCGGAGAAUUUUGCCAUUAUUUUGGAUGAAGAUAUAGCCCUGAGCGGCUUCAAUCCCUUGGGUCGCGAUUUGAUUAGCAAGGAUUGCAGCAAGAGUGCCCCCGAACGCGUUCAGUUCCUCGAACGCCUGCGUAAGAUUGCCGAGUUUCAGGACUGCUAUAUUCAGCAUCAAGAGGCAUUACAGCAACCUCUAGAUUCGAGCUUUACCAUCGAGGAUUUAAACGCAGCCAUGAAAAGCGCUCUCGAUAACUUCGACGCUGAGAGUUGUGGUCUAGCAAGUGCAACUAGGGUGCGAAGCCUAGCAGCUGCAGCAUCAGAUGUGGAUGCACAGUGUCCUUCCACCGACGCGGACGUUUCGCAACUUUGCAAGCUGAAGAAGGAGCUGGAGGCAAAGGCAAAGGUUAGGAAGAUCUGCAACACCAAGCUGGAGGAGAUCCUCAAGUUCGUCGACACUAAGAUAUAUAUAGAGGUGCGUCCGCGCUAUCUUUUGCCCGACACCAACUGCUUUAUCGACUGCUUGGAGGACGUUGAGAAGCUGGCCGUGGAGUUCAAGCGCUACACGCUCAUUAUACCGCUGACAGUUGUUAAGGAACUGGAUGGUCUCUCUAAGGGCGUCAAGUUGGAAGCCUAUUGCAGCUCAAAGCAGACUCAGCGCAUUCACCACUUUGACGAGGUGUCGUCGCGAGCUAAGAAAUCCCUUGAAUUUAUCAAGUCCGCCAAGAGUAAUGUGAAAUGCGCCACCACAAAGGGUUCGUUUGUCAAUUCCUCAGUGUUUGCCUUGGUGGAGGAAGAGUAUCAGUCCAAUGACGACAAAAUUUUGGCAACGGCAGUGGCCGUAUCUAAAACGGCUAAGUCUGAACAAUGCAGAGAUGGCAAAUGUUUCAUUCAAACCGAACUGGUUCUCAUCACCACCGAUCGCAAUCUUCGAGUCAAGGCCCUGGCUCGCAACUUGGCAGUGAGUGCUCUAGAUGAGUUCCUGCAGUGGGCCAAGGAUUGCCGCGAAUCAACCUGAGAAAGCGUAUAAAUCUUGACAGACCCGGCUAACAAUGAAUAUAUGCCCCGCCACCAGCAACCAAGGUGGUGUCGGUGGCGUGUGUGAGGAGAGAACUCAUGCUAUUAUAUUACCUACAUUAUACACAACUGACAAUGUAUGUCGGAUACGGCAGUAGCAGAUGCAGUCGCAGACGCUGGCCGCGAAUACGUACACGACACGGAUUCCCGAGGACCACAAUAUGGGUGCGGAUAUUCAGAGUGGUUUCCCCCAGGUGACCGCCUCACGUUGGCUUUCAUACUUUGAAUUUUUCGGCCCCUUCUCCCAUAUUCAAACAUAUAAAAAAUAUGUUCAUUUUGUGACCUUCUGAAACA